CGCACUGGAUGAUAGCCUUUUUUAUGACGCAAUAUAUUUUCGCAAAUUUUUUAUAGUUUAUACGUUAGAACCUCAGAAGAUCCAACGUUAGAAGAAGAUUUAUUAAAGUAAUUUGCAGCAAAUAUGGCAAAGCAAUUUUUGAUACAAAUACUAACUGUCGCUACAAUCUUCCUUCUUAUUGGGAUGUGUGUUUCAUUUCCUCACUACAGAGACACAUCUACUCAAUUGGAAAACUGUGAUAAAAGUGUCCCUCACAUUGUUAUCAUAAAUUCAACUGAUGGAAGAAUAUUAAAUUGUCACAAAUGUACCUUUUGUCAACAGGGCUAUGGGUUGAGCACUCCAUGCAAUGGUCAGAAUGUGAGCCAGACAGAUUUAAAUGUUGAGUGCAGGCCUUGUGUUGCUGGUGUGAACUUUUCUACUGGUGAAAUGAUUCAAUGUCAACCCUGUCAGAAACCAUGCCCUAAUGGAAUGAAGAUUGAGGGAAAAUGUGAGGUGAUAGGGGACAAACGAACUUGUAGGAAGUGUGAAAUAUCAAAUUGGUACUAUAAUACAACACUGGAGACGUGCUUGCCUUGUGUUUGUAAGAACAUGACAGCAGAAGUAAAGCAUAUAUGCAUAAGAUUAGGCUUCAAGUUUGAUAUGCAAUGCAAGCAUAUUAAUUUUAGUGAUGACUCAACAAGAAACACAUCAACAAACACAUCAACAAACGUGCCAUUUUAUCCACAAAACAAAGAAAGAGAUAAUUGGAGGAAACCAUUGAUUAUAACAGUUGUCAUCAUUGGUAUAAUUGUUAUCGGGAUAAUUGCAUAUUGUUGCUGUAUCAAGGGAUCCAGAGAGUUAUGUAUUAACCAUCCCUGGUGUAGCAAAGACACAAUCUGCUGUAUAUUCUGUUAUAACCAGAACACAAGCAGACCACCAUCAUAUCAUUCUGAUAUUGGUGAAGAUAGACGGGUGUAUAAUAAUGGUUGUGCUGAACAAGUUAGAUUUCUUCGUCAAAGUUCCUGCCCUGUGACGCAAAAUGAAAAAAUGGUAGUCAAGGGCAGUCCUCCUGUAAAUCUUGAACAACAAGAUGUGAAAUUUUCUUUGAAAAGUACAGACUGUGAGCAAAAGAAGCUGAAAUUCUUUCAGAUGAAUUCAGAGAUCUGUCGUGAAAUAUGUCAAAAACUUAAGCAGAACAUUCAGACAGGCAUGGGUUAUCCAACUCUUGCUGGUUUUAUGGGGUUUUCAGCAGACAAAGUUAAGAGCUUUGAAUGUGAAGGUGAUGUGUGUGAGAAUAUGAUGAUGUGUUGGAGCAGUUUGGAUCAAACAAAUAAUAAUGUGUUAAAGUUGAAGGAUUUGGUGGUCAGAUUAAAGAGGGAUGAUAUCUUGGAAUUGCUUAAGUCUGAACUAAAAAGAAAAAGUUAUGAAUGUGGCUGUCCUGAGUGUAUGGUGAUUCUGUGACUUGGUAAGAUCAGUCAAUUAAGUCAAACUACAGUUUAUAAAACACAUUGCUUACUAGAGCUGUUAAAUAUGUAAGUAGAUCAAGUACAUUAUAUGUCUUGUAGAUGUUUCGGGCCGUUUUGGGGAUUAUAUGAUGUAACGUACCGACCCGGCGGACCCCCUAUGCUAUUGAAGUCGUAAACUGCGUCGUUACUCGAUUAUACCUCAUAUAUUGGUUUCAUUCGAAAUAAAUUUAGCGGGCCCUACUAAAAACCGCCCAGGACUGAAGAAAAACCGCCCGAAUUUUUCAAUAGUUCGCUUGAAUUUGAUUUCACAUUCCCGCUCCUUUGGGACGUUGAUGUUUUCGCCUUUGGUGUGACGUCAUAACGUAGGAUACGACUAUUUAUCACACGUUAUGACGUAGUAAUCACACGUUAUGACGUAGUAAUCACACGUUAUGACGUAGUAAUCACACGUUAUGGCGUCACACGAUUUGGACAUGACGAUUUCACACACUAAUCAUUAGCCAAUCAGAAGCUUUGACUUCUUUCAAAUGAAUAAAUAAAAAAAUUAUUAUAUGGCAAGCGUCAUUCCGGUGAAAUGGAGCUCAAUGCUUGGCUGAGAAGAAUUUUGAACGGUCCAUUACUUUCCCGUAAUGGACCAGCGUUACCGGCGAUCCAUUACGAGAUGAAAAACAGACAAAUUCUGAAUGAAAAAGGCAAAAAUAAAUGCUGAAGAGAAAAUUUAAUUGCUUUUGAAAUUAAUGAGACGUCUCCAGACAGUUUAGGUUUUGAAAUUAGUGAGACGUCUCCAGACAGUUUAGCCUUUAGGUUUUGAAAUUAGUGAGACGUCUCCAGACAGUUUAGGUUUUGAAAUUAAUGAGACGUCUCCAGACAGUUUAGGUAAACUAAAUGAUUCAAUAUUCUGUUUUUGUUUUGUGCACGAAUUCACGCAUUUCUAGGUUUGUUUCAAGUGCAAAUAUAUUACUUAUUGUCUUAUAUAUUACUUAUAUAUUACUUAUAUAUUACGCCAUAUAAUAAACUUUUUUAUUAACCUUGCUUGCUCGGUUUUUACCGAGAAUAUCGGACCUCAAUCUUUUUGUACAAACCUCGCUUUUCGAUCUCGGUCUGUUCAAAAAGACCUCAGUCCGAUAUUUCUCAGUAAUACAGCUAAAUAUUUUUUACAAUAGAAAAUAUUGUUUUAAAUUUCAUUUCAGCCUGCUAAUCUGUGCUAGCUAGUCGCGAAUGUUCUUGUCUGACCAAGCAUUAUAAUCGCUUCAGGUUUCUGUCGGGCGGUUUUUUUAAAUCUCGGACGGUUUUUCUAUAUUUUUCGGGUGGUGUCGGGCGGUUUUUAGUACGACCGAGAACUAGCGAGUGAUUGUCUGCCCUGAGGCUGUGUGUUUUAUCUAUGGUUUUAUGAAAACUAAUGCAGCGAGCAAGAUUACCGACACGAUUCACACAAAUAUGUGCUGGCCGCUUCUCAAUCUCAGUGGUCUGAAAAGUGAAAACCAUUUGGUUUACCAUCCUCGUCCCCAGGGCCUUGCUCUCCACAUAGGAGAGCAACGGAGCUAGGCCCUAGGGACGAGGAUGUUGGUUUACUAAAAAAAAUGCAGUAUCCUCUAUUACUUGAAGUUGGCAUCAUGCUUAUAGCUGUAUCGAGACACCUGAGAGUGCCGAGUGCGGGGAGAUUCGUCGAAUGCCCGGGGUGAAAACAUAAUUGUAUUGGAUAAAACUUGAAUGUUUAUCAACCACUAUAUGAUUAUUUAUUCGAUGCCCGGGAUGAAGAUUUUGGAUGUUUCUUGUAAUAUAUAGCAUUGCAAAAUCUUGUAUCUUCCAUGACCCGGCGACUCCCGAGCAUUCAUGGAGAUAACACGUUUUUUGAAUGCGACAACUUAUUAUAAAGAAGUGUUUUUUUAUCGAAUGACUAGUUAUUCAUAGUGUUAGUGUAAAAAUUCAAAUUUUAUCUUAUACAAUUAUCCUUUAGUUUAUCACAUGAUUCCACUCCAGUCCCCAGGGAUUCCACUCGAACAAGUAGUGGAAAAAAUAUUAAUUUAAAAAAAAUACGUUUGAAAAUACGUUUUGGGCGCAAGUUGCAAUUUGAUGUUAUUAAAGGACCUGCAAUGCCUGAAUCAUCACUUUGUAACUUACACACAAAACAACGUUUAUCGGAUCAGAGAAAAUUAUUUUCUUUCAACCUUUCUUUAAUGUGUCGUGUUGUAUGCCAUGUAUGGCGCAACCGUGUAUUUUGUUUGGUUAAUUUACCAGGCCAAUAUUAGAUCGGUUACAACCAACACUCCACUUUUGCGUUUUUUUGCACGUGCCAACUUUUAAAACAUCCCAAGAAUCAAAGUCUAUAGUCUAUACCUCAAUGUCAGCAUGGCCGUUUAUCGGCGUGUUCGCACGUGCAAUAUUAAAACGUGAAAGUGUGGAUAUCAGCGCUAACUAAAACAGUGUUAUAAUAAUAAGUAUAUAAUGAGUACAGUAUUCAUGUGUAAUGUUUUAUUCACGCAGUUGUUCACGACGUUAUCCAUAGCAGGCUAAUGGAUAGAAUGUAUGAAUAUUGGCUUUGAGUUGUAAUCUAUGUAAUUUUACCAGUUUACUACAUCAUCAACUGUGCGUAUUUUGUAACUUUCACAGCAUUAACAGUUAUUGAUUGCAGUACGACUGUCCGUAAUUUACUUUUCGUAACGUUUACGUAAAGCUGGUCUUGUAAAGUAAUCGUGACACAAAGCCUUCAAAGACUUCAUUUGACACGUGAAUCAGUAAAAUGGUUAUACAGUUUAUGGUCAAUCUAAUAUAAAUGGGAAAAUGACUUGUUGCCGCCAUGCAAGCCGUCGCUAGAAGCUUAAUUGGGGGGGGGAGUAGUGCAUAUUCAUCUUAUGAUUUCAUCUUAUGCCCGACUGAUUUCUUUUGUUAGCUAUUGUUUCUAUGGUUGUACGAACGUGAAUAUAUGAAUAUACACCCCACAAUUAAGCUUCUAGCGACUGCCCUGGCGCCAUGCAAAAAAGGGUCAAUACAUAUAUCCAAUAGGAACGAUUUAGUCAUUUACUUUCGAUCAUUAUCAGCAACACUGUCCCAACUUGGCUGGAUUUUAGAAAUGUAAUAUAUUUAUAGAUGGUACAUUGCCAGAUUAGUUUGGUUAGGAUUUAUGUCACUUAUUGUAAAAGUAUUAAGAGUUAAGUUGCUUUAACAAUAAAUUGAUUUGUGUUUCAAAGUUU